AUGGCCUCGCGGUGUCUCCUUUUGGGGUUCCUGGUGGUGUUGGGGGGGGUUGGUUUUGGGGAGCCCCCCGACUUUGCCGGGGGUCCCCAUAGCAACGGAGAGCAUCCCGGUUGCCAUGGCAACCAGAGGGGAGGGGGCAAAGGAGGAGAAACAGGGCAAGGAGGGGGUCGCUAUGGUAACCGGGACCCCCACCUUGGGUACCACGACCCCCCACUUCAUCCCCAUAGCAACGAGGACCCCCAUCUGCGUCACCAUGGCAACCAGGACCCCCCAUUCCAUCUCCGUAGCAACGAGGACCCCCAGAGCAACGAGGACCCCCCUCUUCGUCUCCAUAGCAACGAGGACCCCCGUCUUCAUCCCCAUAGCAACGAGGACCCCCCUCUUCGUCUCCAUGGCAACCAGGACCCCCCGUUUCAUCCCCAUAGCAACGAGGAGCUCGUGCAUCACUAUGGCGACCGCGGUUGCCAUGGUAACAAAGAAGAGGAGGAGGAGGAGGAGGAGGAGGAGGAAGGUCACAUCGAAGGUGAACUCGGAGGUGACCCCCCCGGUUUCUAUGGUGACCAAGGGCGUUACCAUGGCAACCAAGGGCCUCCCCGUCACCAUGGCAACCGCGACCCCCCCAAAGAGGAGGAGGAGGAAGAGGAUGGAGAUGAUGAUAAUGAUGAAGAUGAUGAUGAGGAUGGAAACAGCUCUGAGGAGGAAGGGAAUGAGGAGGAAGAGGAGGAGGAAGAGGAGGAUGAGGCCGAAGGGCGGUACCGGCCCGGUUCCAUCUGCCGUUAUUGCGCCUUUUGCGAGCGCUGCUCCCUUUGCUCUCUCUGUCCGUGUACUGAGGGGGACCCCUCCUCCUGCCCCCCCUGUCAGGGCUGUCAGUUCUGCUCUCUCUGUCCCCUCUGCGAUACAGUCUGUCAGCCUGGGAGUCUCAUGGAUGAAAUCUCCGGCGCUUUGUUCCAGACCCUCAUCGGUUUCUUCGAAGAAUCGGAGCCCUGAGUGGAUUUUGGGGGUUCGGGGUUUUGGGGGGGUCCUCCCCCCCCCCUUUUUUUGUUGGUAUUUCUGUACCCCCAAAAAAUU